CGGGCUUCCUUGCUCCUAGGAAAGGACGGUCGAUCGGCUUAGCUACGGAAAGUAGACGAGUACCAGUUACCGUCGUUCACGAGGAAGGAAUUAUCUAUACAGUAAAUAUGCUAAUACUGAAUAAGACAGCAGGAGUUUUUUCUAAACCAUCAAAAAGGAAUAUGUAUGAAUUUCUAAGAAGUUUUCAUUUUCAUCCUGGAAAACUAUUUCUUCAUAAACUAGUUUUGGGAAUUGAAACCAGUUGUGAUGAUACAGCAGCUGCUGUGGUGGAUGAAACCGGAAAUGUUUUGGGAGAAGCAAUACAUUCCCAAACCGAAGUUCAUUUAAAAACAGGUGGGAUUAUUCCUCCAGUAGCUCAACAGCUUCAUAGAGAAAAUAUUCAACGGAUAGUGCAAGAAGCUCUCUCUGCCAGUAAAGUCUCUCCAAGUGAACUCUCAGCAAUUGCAACUACCAUAAAACCAGGACUUGCUUUAAGCUUGGGUGUAGGCUUAUCAUUUAGCUUACAACUGGUAGACCAGUUAAAAAAGCCCUUCAUUCCCAUUCAUCAUAUGGAGGCUCAUGCACUUACUAUUAGGUUGACAAAUAAAGUAGAAUUUCCUUUUUUAGUUCUUUUGAUUUCAGGAGGUCAUUGUCUUUUGGCAUUAGUUAGAGGAGUUUCAGAUUUUCUACUUCUUGGAAAGUCUUUGGAUAUAGCUCCAGGUGACAUGCUUGACAAGGUAGCAAGAAGACUUUCUUUAAUAAAACAUCCAGAGUGCUCCACCAUGAGUGGUGGGAAGGCUAUAGAACAUUUGGCCAAACAGGGAAAUAAACUGCAUUUUGAUUUCAAACCUCCCAUGCAACGUGCUAAAAAUUGUGAUUUUUCCUUUUCUGGACUUCACCACAUUAUUGAUAAGAUGAUAAUGCAAAAGGAAAAAGAGGAAGGUAUUGAGAAGGGGCAAAUCCUGUCUUCAGCUGCAGAUAUUGCUGCUGCAGUACAGCACACAGUAGCCUGCCACAUUGCAGAAAGAACACAUCGUGCUAUUCUAUUUUGCAAGCAGAGAGACUUGUUAUGUCAAAGUAAUGCAGUACUGGUUGUAUCUGGAGGCGUUGCAAGUAACUUAUAUAUCCGAAAAGCUCUGGAAAUCGUGACAAAUGCAACACAAUGCACUUUGUUGUGUCCUCCUCCCAGACUGUGCACUGACAACGGCAUUAUGAUUGCGUGGAAUGGUGUUGAAAGAUUGCGUGCUGGCUUGGGCAUUUUACACAGCACAGAAGGCAUCCGCUAUGAGCCAAAAUGUCCUCUUGGAGCAGAUAUAUCAAAAGAAGUUGGAGAAGCUGCCAUAAAAGUACCACAAUUAAAAAUGAAGAUUUGAUUUUUGCUUUUCAAAAAAAUCCCUAAAGGUAGUAGUAAAGUUUUGAUUUUUUGUAUAUCAAAUAUAUAAUACUAAUUGUUCAUCAGGACUUUGUUAUCCUUUUUAUGUUUGAUGUUUAACCUGCUCUUCUGAGAGAUUAUAAUAAUGUUAUAUAGUCUUAUAAGGGAGUAUAGGGUUUUUUUUAUUAUCAAAAACCAAAUAAAACAUCUUGUGGGAAAAAGAAUAUACUGAUAUUGGCAAGUAGAAAAGAAAAACCUUGGAAAAAAUACAGCAAUUCUGCUAAAUCCUGGCCCUAUAUUAUACAGGCAUAGAUCUUUAUCCCCCUUUUUCAUAUCAGGUUACAUUAGCCUGCCUUUUCUAAUGAGAGAGCAGUUUUAGAAAGGUAGCCAGGUCAAAGUCAUGUCAACUCAAGAAUUCUAAGUCAAAACAAAAGAAUAUAUGUUAGUAAUUAUAAAAAUAUAUAUUAUUAGG